AUGUAUGAACAAAAAGUUGCAAUUGAUAUAGUAAAAGAAAGCUUUGGUGAUGAUGUUACUAAAGUAUUUGAAUUUUUAGUUCAAAGAGGUAAAUCAUCAUAUAAAAUUAUAAAUCAAUCAUUAAGUGGUAAAGGAGGGUUAACAAUAAAGAGGAUAAAGCAAUGUUUAUUAGUAUUGAUUCAACAUAAUUUAGUGACAUAUGAAGAGUUUUUAUUACCAUUAACUAAAGAUGAAAUUGAAAAAUUAGUACCUGGUGAACCGUUACCAUCAGAUUCGGUAUAUGAGGCUAUAAUUGUGAAUGCAAUUCAUAGAUUAAGAUUCCCAAAAUUCAUAAAUUAUAUAAAACAUUCAAAAGGUGAUGAAGCAGCAUACAUUUUAGAGGAGUUGAUAGACCAUGGUAGGUUGCCGAUGGAUUUGUUAAUUAAACAAGCCUCACAGAUUCAAAGAGUUGAUACAUUCGAAGAUCAAGAUGAUAUCACUAAACGAUUCGAAGAUACAUUUACAAAGUUAAUUAUGGAUCAAUUCAUUAUGAGAGCACCUCGUCCAAGACCAGUCUCUGAUCAAGAGACAAGUAAUGCUCUCUCUAAAGAGGCAAAGAAAGUUGGUGGUGGUGGUGCCAAUGGUAACAAUGUUGGUGCACAUCAAAAGAAAGAUUCUGAUCCAUUUGCAUUACCAAGUGUUGGUUUCUCAUCUAAUGGUCCAUUAUCCUCUGUUGAUAAUAGUGCAAAUGAUGCCGAGUCUUUAGAGAUUUUAACUGGUAAGUCAUCAACAACAACAAUACCAUCACAACCAAAAAAAGGUACAGCAAAGAAAACUUCUGCAAAACCAAAAUCAACAGCAAUAAACACUACUGCAACUGCAUCACUUGGUAGAAAAAGAAAGUCAAGAGAUAUUUAUGAUGAAGAUGAUGAUGAAGAACCAGAUUUAUUAGUAAUUGAAGAGAAUGUAGAAAUUAAUGUAAAUGAUCAUAAUUCAGCAAAUAAAAAUAGUACUACAACCACCACUACUACUACAACAAAGACAGGACAACAUACAUUAAAAAAGAGUAAAUUAGAUCAGUCAUCAUCAACAACAACAACAUCUUCACGUCAACAACAAAAUGGUAUGGAUCAACAACGUAUAAUUGAUGAAAGUAGAGUAUUAUGGACAAUAAAUUAUGAACAAUUUAUUAUUGAAUUUAAAUUGAAAGCAUGUUAUGAUUUCGUUACUGAAAAGAAUAAUCAACAGUCUGGUUUAUUAUUUAAUGCAAUGGUAAAACUUUGUAAACGUUCAAUUCGUUCCAAUCAAGAUUCAUUGACAAGUUGUGUUUAUGGUGAAAAUAUCUUGGAGGAGUAUAAUCGUGAUUUAGACUCGUCAAAGAAAAUGGAUAAACUUCAAAUUGAAAAGUAUUUAUCGAUUAUGCAGGCAUCACGUCCAUCUAUGGUCACAAAGAUGGUUUCAAAAUCAAAACAAUCCUCAUCAUCGGAAUUGGGCGCUUACCAAGUCAACGUUGGUAAUAUCAUUGGUAUCAUUAAACAAAAGAUGGUGGAAUCAAUCAUUAAACAAAAGUUUGGCGAUAACGGUCUUAGAGUAUUCAAACUACUCUUAAUUAAAAACUUAUUAGAACCAAAACAAAUCGCAGAGUUGGCUAUGAUCCCACCAAAUGAAUGUAAAGCACUAUUGUUCAAUAUGAUGCAAAAGAAUAUCAUUCGUCUUCAAGAGAUACCUCGUUCAUCAGAUCAUUUCGCAAAUCGUACUUUUUAUUUAUUCUUUGUUGAUUUACCAACUAUCAUUGCAACUUUUACUGAAGAUAUUUUCAAAGCUAUCUACAAUACUCGUGAACGUUUAAAAUCAGAGUUGGAACCUCAUAAAGAUGCUUUAGAGAAAUUAACUCAAUUAGAUGAAGAUCAAAUCACUGAAGAUCAAGCUAAAAUUUAUAAGAAAACUGAUAGAAUUACUCAAACACUUUUAACAGUAAUUUUAAAUUUAGAUAAUGAUUUAUUACAUCUUUAUAGUUUUUAA